CUGAAUGACUUUUCCAUGCUGCUGUGGCCAACGAUGGACCUCUGAGCUCCUCUAGUCAUAACCGAGUAUACGGGAUGCUAUUCUGAAUCCGGGGUAUUUGCACCCCGCCUUGAAUAUGCGAUGUCACUCGGGUCUACCUUGUGACAUGCCUUUUACGUACUAUCAGCUGCUCUUCCUUUGUAUUCCGAGCUUCUCUUUCCUCCUCAUUUACAUAGCUAUCGCAGCUAUGAAUACCCAGUAUUCCAAUAAUUGAAGUAUGUUCAACUGGGCUCAGUGAGAAUAUAGCUGCCUCCCAAGAUGAACGUUCAAUUGCUUAUACAGUCUUUCAUUGUGGCUACAUUAUGCCAAACGACUUCUGCAAAUCUAUCUCGCCGGGAUACUAACAGCUCUGUUGGUGGUUAUGACUUCGUAGAUCCUCUAAUCGGCACUCGUAAUGGAGGUCAUGUCUUUGCCGGAGCGACCUUGCCAUUUGGUAAGCAGGAUCAACAGCCACAAUGUCUACCUAAUGUAUACCAAGCAUCUCUGAUAGAAUCCUAGGAAUGGCGAAAGCAGUUGCGGAUGUCACAAGCGAUAACCAGGGAGGGUAUGCCUCAAAUGGAAGCCCAGUUACAGGUUUCUCCCACAUGCACGACUCGGGCACUGGUGGUGCCUCAUCACUUGGAAAUUUUCCAGUCUUCGUUUAUCCAGGCUGCGCGAAUGACGACGUAAACGGAUGCAUUUUCCCUAAGACCCAGCGUAGCGUGCAGGUCGUUGAUGGGAGUGUUUCAGCUCGUCCUGGCUAUUUCACCAUCGAUCUCGUCUCUGGUAUAAGGGCCGAGAUUACGGCUACAAACCACACGGCUCUUUACGACUUCACAUUCUUCGGCAAUGCUACAGGAAAUGCCUCUGUAGACGCACCCUUAAGCCCUCUGUUCAUUUUCGAUCUGACGGAUCUGCCCGAUACUCGCCUCAACGGCAGUGCAUCUGUCGAUCCAGGUACCGGUAGAAUCUCUGGAAACGGAACUUUCCUGCCUAGUUUUGGAACCGGUACAUACACGCUACAUUUCUGUGCCGACUUUCCUCAAGGAACUUCUAUACGCGAAACGGGAGUGUUCGUGAACACUAGGGCUAGUAGUGAGCCCAAGAAUAUCGUAUUAGGACAAGACAAUAAUUCCCCUCCUCUGCCAGCAGGAGCCUACACUUGGCUCAAUGAGGUUGAAACAGGCACCACAAUCACGGUUCGGGUCGGGCUUUCAUUCAAGAGUGUUGAGCAAGCUUGCGGGUCCGCUGAGGCAGAGGUCCCAGACUUCAGCUUCUCAAAAACUUUGGCCGCCGCAGAAGAUGCUUGGAAAGAUAAACUCUCAGUAUUAAGUAUCGACACCACUGGUUUUGAAGACACCUCUUUGCAGACAGUCUUCUGGAGUGGCGUGUACAGGGCAAUGUUGAGUCCCCAGGAUUAUACUGGUGAAAAUUAUCUCUGGGAAAGCGACGAGCCGUACUACGACUCAUGGUACUGUAUAUGGGAUAGUUUUCGAUCUAUUCACCCCUUCAUUACCCUCGUGGACCCCUAUUCCCAAACUCUGAUGAUCCGCUCUCUCAUCGAUAUUUACCGUCACGAAGGGUGGCUACCAGAUUGUCGAAUGUCCCUUUGUAAAGGAUGGACUCAAGGGGGGUCUAACGCUGAUAUCGUGCUGGUAGAUGCGUUUCUCAAGAACAUUACACAGGGUGUUGACUGGGACACUGGGUAUGAGGCAUUGAUAAAGGAUGCAGAAGACGAACCACCGGUGUGGGACUACGAAGGCCGUGGCGGUUUAUAUAGUUGGAAGAAGUAUGGUUACAUUCCCGCAGAUGACUUCGAUCCGUACGGCAAUGGCCUAUUCACCAGAAGUGUGUCCAGAACUGUGGAGUAUGCUUACAACGACUUUUGUAUCGCUGAAAUAGCGAAGGCGCUAGGCAAGCAGGAUGAUUACGAGAAGUAUACCAAGCGGUCUGGGAAUUGGGUCAACUUGUACAAUGCCGAUCAGGCCUCGGAUAUAAAUGGUACGGACACUGGCUUCACCGGCUAUCUGCAACCAAGGUAUUUAAAUGGUACCUUUGGAUACCAGGACCCGACGCUUUGCUCUUCUGUUAUGUCAUUUGACUCUUGCUAUCUCAACUCGGGUGGCCACGAGACAUAUGAAGGUAGCCCCUGGCUUUACAGUUUCUUCGCACCUCACGAUAUGGCAACCUUAAUCACCACCCUUGGCGGACCCGAUACAUUUGUCAGUCGUUUGGACUAUCUUCACGAGAGCGGUAUCCUUUACGUCGGUGACGAACAAGCAUUUUUAACCAUAUUCCAAUACCAUUACGCUGGUCGCCCUGGUAAAUCUGCCGAGCGAGUCCACUACUAUAUACCCAGCCAGUUCAACACCACAACGGCAGGCAUCCCUGGAAACGAUGACUCGGGCGCUAUGGGUUCAUUCGUAGCCUUGGCGAUGAUGGGCAUAUUUCCAAAUCCUGGCCAGGACAUCUAUUUUAUCACGGCCCCUUUCUUUCCGUCCGUCUCGAUCACCAAUCGCAUAACAGGUAAUACGGCAACGAUCAAGACUAGUAACUUUGAUACCGCGUACAAGAACAUCUACAUACAAAGCGCAAAGCUUGACGGAAAGGAAUACACGAAGAAUUAUCUCACGCACAGCUUCUUCCUCGAGGGCGGUACAUUGGAACUCACGUUGGGCGAUAAGGAGAGCACGAGUUGGGGUACAGGAGAUGACAACGUACCACCAAGCGUAAGUACGAGUAAGAAGUAGAGUUACUUGUAUUAGAAAUAUAGGUAGAUAGUCUAUCCAUGCAGAUAGAUUCUAUUACGUAUAAAUGAAACAUGUGACUACUAGA